AUGUCAGAGGAGACAACGGAGCUGCUGCCGAGUUCCACCACCAACAACAGCAACAUCCUGAGACGAUCUAACAGCGUACCUUUAAUCAGUGGUCUUGGCUGCUGUCACCUCUGA